AAUUAAUCUCCCUUCCCCCAAUAAAUUAGGGUUUGUUUUCAUUCUCCAAAAUCCCUCCGCAUUUCUUCACGAUUGCAUUUCGGUUUCCUUGAAAUCGUUUCUGUUUUGAUGGUGGUGACUCUCAAAAGGAACUGCUGAGGGUAUUUAUCAUGCUUGCACAAUGAAAUACAUUUUUUUAGCUUUACUGAUGAAGGUGUGUUUUGUGAUUUUUUAUAUUUAUUGAAGAUUGGGUCUCAAUGUCGAAAUGGUUGUGGGGAACAAAACAUAUGUUGAGGAUGUUGUGAUUCUUUGAGUUAUUUGUUGGAAAGCUUUGUAAAAGUCAAAAGCUUGUUGAGUUAGAACUUGUGAGGUUUACAAAAAAUAGCUAAGACGGGGUCGCUGUGUUGUGUGGCUGCAAGGCCACAUGGGUCAAAUGCAGCCAGUAGAGACUGGUCCAUGGGCCCUCAUGAGCCUUAUUGGCAAACUAAUACAAGUUUCUCGCCACCCCCUUCAAGAUGGGAUUUCCAUUUUCAACCCGAUGGGCCGUCAUACAGUUCACAUGAUGGGAGUCAAUUGUAUGAAUCUUCUACAUCUCCAAACAGCAAAGAAAGUAGGGGCUGGAUGAGGAGAAACUUUCUUUACAAUCAUCAAUAUUCUACAUCUGAUGGUGCUGCGCCCUUUUUAAGUAGUCCAUCUGACCUUUCUCAGGGUCCACAGUGGACACCUCCAGUAAUACAGGAAAUCACGCUUGAUGAUUAUGAAACUGCCAUGGCAAGAGAUCAUGUUGGCGGGCAGGCACCCUUCGCUUCUCUUGUUGAGGGGACUUCAACAAAUGCAGAUAGUGGGGUCUCCACUUCAUCUUAUUCAGACAGUAGUGAGUCUGAGCCCAUGGUCAAGCAAUGCUUGUCAUCUCAUCGCAACAUUUCAAGUCGGUAUUGCUUUAUGUCCAAAGCCAUUCACCCUUUGUCAUUCCCCAUGGAAACUCCUACCACAGGAGUGUUGGACUCUGCAGUUGCAGGGCUUUCUGAUGAUACGGCCACGCCACAAAGAGAUGGCCAUCGCUGGAGCAGUGCUAGCAGCAGCAAUGAUGUUGCAGAUAUUUCUGAGCCAUUUGAAUCUGUGAUUUUUGGUCGAUCAUGUGUCCCAUCUAAUGGUUUUAAAUGUGGUUUGUGUGAGAGAUUUCUCUCGCAGAGGUCGCCUUGGAGUGCUCGUAGGAUUGUAAGAAGUAAUGACAUGCCUGUUGCAGGGGUUCUUUCAUGUGGACACACUUUCCAUGCUGAAUGUUUGGAGCAGACAACACAGAAAGCUCGCAUAAGUGACCCUCCUUGUCCUGUAUGUACCAAGCUCGAAGAGCAAAAUUCUCCAGAGAAUCGAGUCUUCUCUAGGCUUAGGAAUAGUAUUUCACGGCUUAGAUCAUUUUCGGAGGAUGGACCAUCAAGGACUUGGAGCUGUGCACAGGUGGGAGACUGUGUUCAAGGGGCUUUGCAUCCACCCCAACGUAGUACAAUGCUAUUGCUUAACCAGAGUCGCAUGAAGAAAAAUCUCUUCGUGAAGGUUAAUUCGAGUAAAGAAUUUCCUGGGAAGCUGAGGAAAAGUAGUUCGCCAUCUUUGCAACUUUUUAGUGGGAAGUCAAUCGAUCAGGGUGCAGUCGGGUGCUCAAAGACGAUUGCGGGUCCAAGUGGGAAGAGGUAAGUAAGAUUAGUGUUAUGUUGGCCACAAACUUUGCAUAUAUCAAUUAAGGCUGAAUAGUUGGUGAAUGGACAUUUGAGUAAAAAAAAAUCGACUGGAAACUAGGAGAUGUUGUAUAGAUGUGAUUUUUGUGGAAACUAAGGGUUGAAAUCUGUUAAUUUGGUUUGUAUUAUACAAUCUAUUUAUGAUGGUGGAAGUGCUAAAUGUGGAAACCAAAAUUUCCUGAUUA